UAAGCCUACUACAUUAGAGCUUACGUCGAUUAUCCUUCCUUAAACCCACUGACUUCUCACGUCGACUUCAGCCGAAUUUAGCUUUCGGGGUGGUGAACGUUGCUUCGGAAGACUUUCAGAGCUAGCCCCGCCCAGCCUAGGGUUUCUUCUUGAAGAAUAUUGAAUUCGAUUUCUUCUUUUUCGGUAACAAUGGAGCAAGCAGAAAUCGAAGCCCCCAAACCCUCAGAAACGCCUCUUUUCUCUUUCACUCGCUGUCGGUCACACCUCAAGAGUGAUACUUACACUACUCUUGUUCGAAUCCUAUCUCAUUGUUAUGAAAAUUCUCAGCUUCCUUCGGCUACUCAAGUUCUACAUCCGGAGCUAAAUUCAGAUUAUGGCAGUGAUGAAUUGGAGCAAGCGACUGGGAAAGAAGUCUGUGAGAGUUCUGAAUUGGUCGGUCCUAGUAGAAUGGAGCCCCCAAAGUUGGCAACUCAGAAAGAGACAGAAUCUGAUGAGAGUUCUGAAGUUAUUGGCGUCCAAGACCGAGGGUUCAGUGAUGCACAACAUGUGGGGAUAGAUGAGAAAGAGAGAAUAAUGGCUAUAGAAGAAAAUGAGGAUUUGUCAAAAUGUAUGGACAUGACCUUUGAUGAGAGCGCUGAUGGGAUUGGCCUCCAAGAUAGAAGAUUUUGUCCAGAAAAAUUUCUAAAGGGUGAAUUAGUGCAUAUCCUGACAGCCAAUACAGAGCCUGUAAAUGGAAAUAAUAUUAAACCCCCAACCGCAUCAUCGGAAAAAAACCAGGGCAGCAGUGAUAAUGCUAUAGUGAUGAAUACCAAAGCAGAACAUAUUGCAUGUCAGGACAUUCUUAUGGAGAGAGAUGAGAAUGAACAAAAGAAUACCGAUGCCUAUGAUUUGUUAUUAGAUAAGAACGUGAUUGGUGAAGUUCUAGAAUCUAUAGAGAGUGGUAAAGACAAGGGCUUAUCCUUGAAAACUAAUUCAUUUGAUAUAAAGUACGAAAUGCAGCAGAUGGACAUUGAAAUGGAGAAAUCAGUUUCUUCCAGCCAUGCAAUGAAUUUCCAUACUCCUAUUACCAAGAAUACAGAAAUUGAGAAGGGAAUAUACUCUAGUCAAAAUAUUUCUGAAGCCUUUGACUUGUCUUUAGAUAAAGAUAUGAUCGGCGAACCUCCAAAACGAAGUGAGAAUAUGGAUGAGGAAAGUUCCUUUCUGAAGACUGAUGUGGUACAGUCAGAGAAUGAAACCCCUCGGGCUCAGACACAAUUGGAGAAAUCAGUUCAUAGUAGCAACUCCUUAAAUUCUCCCAAUCAUAUGGCUGAAGAUGUAGACGUUGAAGAGGGAGAAAUUUCUGGUGACUAUGGAACAGAUGACAAGUCAUUGGAUAUGUUCUCGGAAGAUGCUAUAGUGUCAGGGGAGAAUAGUGUAGAUGGCGUGCAAGUAUCUCUAGAUGUAUCUGAUAAGAAAGAGUUCCACCACAAUGAACUGAAUGGUGCAAAAGGAAAAGCUAUUGAGUUCACUUCCUUUAAUGUGGACACCGUUGACAAUGCUAACAAUAGUAGAGAAGUUGAACCAGAGGAAUGCAAUGGAAACAAGAUGACACUUAGACCUGAAAUGAGUUUGCACCAAAAACCCAUGAAAGCUAAAAUGGCAGAUAUGCAUGACAUUCUGCUGGAGGAUGGAAAAAAUAGAAAGAAAGGUGGAGCCGAGGAGGGUGGUUGUCCUCCACCAACUUGUCCUAGUAAUCUAGAAUUGCAUGCACAGAUUUCACCAAAAAAUACAACUGAUUCCCACAGAAUCACAUCUACAGAGGAGCAACAUGCUAAUUCCUGCAAAAAGAAAAAGCGGGGCCCUCUUUCUAAAGAAAAGAAAGAAAAGAAAAAGCUAAAAGAACGAAAGAGACGAGCAGAAAAGAACAGAGAGCUCGGUGUUAAAAGGUUGAAACUAUAUCCAGUGUCAAAACCAAAAACUGUGACAUAUUGCCGCCAUUAUCUCAAGGGAAGGUGCCACCAGGGUGACAAGUGCCAGUUUUCACAUGAUACAGUACCAUUGACAAAAUCUACGCCCUGCAGUUAUUUUGCGCGCCACUCAUGCAUGAAAGGAGAUGACUGUCCAUUUGAUCAUCAGCUCUCGAAGUAUCCCUGUGACAAUUAUGUGAAAGGUUUCUGCAGCAGAGGUGAUGCUUGUAUGUUUUCCCACAAGAUACCAACCAAGGAAGAUUCCACAGCUCCUUCGAAUUAUUGCAAGCCUGAGUUGAAGGCUUCAUCCUCACUGGCUAAGAAAAAUAUUAAGAAGCAACUGAACAUUACGGGUAGCUCCGUGCAGAAUGAUGCCUUCUCCAACUCCACAGGGGCACAUCCUCCCACAAAUGUGAAGACUCUUGUGAAACCAUCUGCAGUUGCACCCAAACGAAUCAGCCGCCUCCUCACUGCUGAGAAAUCUCCAGUGGUCAAUUUUAGUAUGCUUACACAAGGAAGCUUCUCUCCAAGUAGCAAUGGGAGAGCCAAAGUUGGGAAUCUGGCAAUCUCGAGUGCAUCAGACACAUUUCAAAAAAUGGCUGAGAUUCCAAAUAGAACUUCACUGAGUGGGGUACCAAAGGGAAUAAACUUUCUCUCAUUUGGAAAAGCUCCAUUGGAUGAUUCUGUUGGUAAAAACAUGGCUAGCAUGCAUUCAAAUGGGGACAGUGCUUCCAAACUAACGUUGUUGGACAGUUUGAAUUUACCGAAACAAGAUUCUACUGGUCAGAGAAAGGCCAUCAGUCCUUCUGGUUGCGAUACUGUUAUUGAUAGAGCUGUUAUAGAGGGACAAGCUGCAUGUAGCAAAUAUCAAAACUCAAAUUCAAUCUCAUCAAGGCUGUUAGCUUCUGUAAUUGCUUCAAGUCAAUCUUCAGACACCUUAGCUUCUGUGAAUUAUAAAGAUGCACCAAACUCAGCCUGGAAGGCACUCUCAUUGACACAAUUUGCAGCAAAGUAUGGAUCAAAAAUGAAAAUGAACCAGUCUGCUAGUUCUCUCAGUCUCAGUACCGAGGUUGGUAAGGACACUAAUAGUAUUACGAUUAGGAGUUCCCAAAAUGAUUUGGCAAAAGCUUCAAAAAUUCUUGACUUCUUGUCUUGCGAGGGUAGUAAGACUAAGCUGUAAAGAGUAAAAUCCAGGUUGGUUGGGACUGUGGCUCCAAUGUCUGAUUGGCUUAAGUAAAGCGCAGAUUUAUUACCAAUAAAAAAAAAAAGUAAAGCAGUCCUGUCCUUCAGUGGCACAAUGUUGUAUUCAUGCAGCUUGUUUUCAGAAUCAGAUUGAUUAUGAUGGCUGCAUUGUGAAUGUGAGGUCCAUGAUUAUGAUCACUUGAGAUAUUUGCUUUGAAGGGACUCCAGAUGGGUUUUCUACAUUGAGAUUUUAUAUACUGAUUUAUUGAGAAGCCAGUUACAUGUGACUGUGGUCUUAAAACUGAGCUCCUGUUGGCUGUUGCUUGCAAAUGAUCCAAGUGCUUUUGGAUCUGACGAAGACCAGGAAAGCACCCAUGUUGAUUUUGUCUCCAUCCCGGGUAACUUAAAUUGAGUAUUAUUUGCGGCAUAUGGUUGUAGGAAGAGCUCUUGCCACUUGGUUUAGGUUUUGGAAAAGGCAUUGGAUUGGGUUAGAAGUUUGCCCUCUGUGGGACUCUCUGUGGUGUAUGUGGGGCCGACCUUAUUGAGCAUUUGCCUACACUGCUAUAGUGCUAUUAUCACGGAGAA